UAGGGUGCGAUUUGGGACGGGGCCAUGUACACGACGCGUUUCUACGGAGUGCUGAUGUUUAUAAACGCACACAUAGGACCGUAUAGGAUAUAAAUCGCAACACAGAGCAGCACCUUGUGUGUAAACUACGCAACAGCAGGGUGUAAAUAAAAUAAAUAACAUGUAUGACGUAAUGGCCCUUAUGUCCCAUGUAGUGCACUAUACCUGUCCAGCAGGGGGCGUUUGGGACACGGCCUUGUUGUUUUGGUCACCAUGGAGGAAACUGUGGUGAAGUUCAGACACUGCGAGAAAGAUAUUUAUAGAUUUUCGACUACAGAUGUAAAUCAACAAAAUGUGUGUCCUGUUUGUCGAAACCCUGUCGUUCUUGGACUGUUAGACGCGCCAGUGACGCUUCAACGCCCUUUCACACACGGCCAUGAGACUCAAUGCUCGUUUCUUGUAGGAGCAAAAGAAGGUCCGUGGUGUUUAGGAGAAUGGCGCGAGACGGAGCUGCACGUUGGACUCUCAGACUCGACAGGUUUGGUCUAUAACUACACGCUGUCAGGAGUCCAGACGGAUGGACAAGGAUGGGAGCAGUGUGUGUCCAUCCAACUGGUACCAUCGUAUAGAAAAGACCUAACACAAUUAUGGGAUAAAGAACUGAACCUCUUUUCAUCACUCCCUGCAUGGACCCCAGAACGAUUCCAUGAGGAGAGGGCGUUUGGCUCGUGUUGCUAUGGUUUCGCCUUGACAUUCAUUAACCACAUGAGAUCGCUGGACAGCAAAGCCCCUCUUAGUAGAAACGAGUUCACCGGUGGUCACGUUUUACCCCGAAUGAAACGUGCCUCCAUGUAUAUCAAAGUGUAUGAAGAAAUAUCACAACAUGGAUUUUACAUUGUUGAAAAAUAAGUUUUUGUGCUUUAGAAAUCUGUUUGGUUGUUUCAGAUGUUUUGCAUUGUAUUUUAUUAAUGUAAUUUGUAAUGUUUAAUUAAUUCUUUAAUUUUAAUAUAUCAUGUAUAAUACCAUGUGUAAUAAAACUAAUUAAAUCUAACUAAUAUGAUAUUAACGUCCCUCUGGACUUUAUGUAACCACGUUUUCCUGAGUAAUCGACGGUUCCUGGCGUGUGGAAGACGUGCUUUGUUAUUGUGCCUCAGGAAAUGACUUCUAUUGUAUGUUGUUUGUAAGGUGAAACUGACUUGUAAAAGGAUGCCAGCUCCUUCAUGUUCACGACAUUAUUGACUAACAGUUACAAUGAAUGUAGAACUGUGAAUGCGACGAUACUUCUCAGAACACACACGAUUAACUUUGAACAAUUGUAGUCUUAGCCAACGACGUUAAUAAGCUUAAUACAAAUGAUACAUAACAGUAGAUUGUUUUUAAACCUGCUUUUACUACUUUAAUUAAAUGUUGUUUUUUUCUAAUUAAAUGACAAGGACCGUAUAUAAAUACAGACUACUUUUUUUUUUUAUCAGUACACUGGAGCUAAUAUCAGAACAGAUAUCGAUUUAUUAGACUUUUGCAAUCAUUAUAAACAAAUGAAUGUUUCUAUCGCUGCUAAAAUUAGUCAGGACACUGCUGGCUAUCCUGCUUAUGAACAUGCAAUAAACAAUAAGUAAAUGUUUUUA